AUGAUGUUCGUGACAAAGCUCGCCUUCGGACUGCCAUCGAAGAUCCACCUGGAAGCGGCGGUGGUGAAGCGAGCCCGGGACGCCUUGCGUACCCUGCAGGCACGUGACGAAGCUCGGGAGGAGCUUCGGCAAGCCACGGCCGUGAAGGAGGUGGCGCGGCUGAAGGCUGCCAUCGCGAAUGCCGAGAGGCUGGGUCUUCAGGAGGAGGCGCCGGGAAUGCUUGGGCAAGAUCCCAAGGAGCAAGAGGAGCUUGAGGCUGCGCGUGCUGAGCUACGGCUGCAUGCCAUGGCAAGGCUAUCAAAGUUGGCAGAUGCGGAAGACUUGGACAACUUAGCCAAGGGAUUGCAGGAGCUCGAAGGCCACGGUAUCCCAGACCCAGAGUGGCGCGAGUUCAAGAAGCGGCAUUCCCAGCUCAAGAUCCGCCAAGAAUGCGAGAGCAAGCUGGCGCUGGCAACCAAGGCCCGAAACAAGGAGCACAUUCUGGCAGCGAUGGAAAAGGCCAAGGAAUCCUUUGUGGAGGAGGAUUCGGACGUGAUUCAGAUCGCCCGAAAGACCUUGCACAUGCUGGAGGCCGAGGAGAACAUGGCGAAGACCAGGGCCGAAGUCGCAGAGGAGCUGUCGAAAGCCGUCCAGGCAGAGGACCAGCGCCGAUUGCUCGCGGCGAUCACCGCGGCCGACGCCGCGGGCUUCACGACCGAAGUUGCCAGGUCGCCUUUGCCAGGGAAAGGCUCCGACGCCUGCGAGCCCGAGUUGGCGCUGCCCUGA